AUGAAACAAAUUAAUCCCAACACAAAAAUUACCAGGGAAUUUGUAGACCUUGACGGAGUGAUCGACGGACCCAGAAGCAAGGCAAGUGGAAUUAGGGCUAAUUGCCAAGGCAGUGACACCUUCUUGGUGAUUCCGAAGAAUUUUCGGAGUAAAAGGGGGCAGGGGCUGAGGCGUGCAUAUUCGGUAUUCUCUGUUGAUGCUGCAUUGUUGGUGUAUUCUUUGGAUGAAGGGGGCAGGGCUCAGGCCUUACUAUUCCGUGGGAAGAGAAAGAUUAGAGAGAUGCAGCAGUACGUCAACCAUUUCAGCCAUCGCCAUCCCUUAGAGCUUUCAGAAGUGCAUGAAGAAAAAGAAGAAAAAGGAGCCAUUUGCUCAGGUUGCGAGCUAGAAAUUACAGGAGGUUCAGCCUACACUUGCACAAAGCCAAAAUGCACAUUUAUCCUGCACAAUGCAUGCUUCGAGCUUCCCCGUCAGGUCCGCCACAAAUCGCACCCCAAGCACCCGCUUUCUCUCCACUUCUCUCCGCCAUAUAGCGACCGGGAAUUCAGAUGUGAUGCGUGUGGAAAUUCGGGCCACGGAUUUACCUUCCAUUGCAAAACAUGCAAAUUUGAUCUUCAUGUUGCAUGUGCUUCCUUGCCUGAAAUCGAGCACCGGGAAGAUCAUGAACAUCCUCUUUCGCUAUUAUAUUCUAGUACUCCACUGCCUGCAACUGUGGUACCCAUUUGGACUGUAUCUAAGCGAUUCAAGAAUGGAGUAUGUAAGGGUUUCGAUAUCGAUAUUUUGUUUUGA